UUCCAGUCUAGUCGGCCGCGCGCGUUGCUACGUCGUACGCUACGAGACGCUACGUUACGUAGCUACUUGCUAACUACGCACUCCUUGCCGUAAUAAGUCCGUGAUCAAGUAAUUUAUCAGUGAACGUGCGAGGAUAAUAAAUUACCCGGAUACAUUGUGAGAACAUAUGUUAGUGCUGCCGUAACUCAAAUGUAAUUGGUGAUUAACAUUGUUGUAGUGUAUAAAGAUAAUAAAGCAACUCGCGUGUGUAAGCAUCAAAUAAGCGAACAAUAUAAAACACACAUCUAAUCUUUAGGGAACUUUAUCUAAAUUAAUUUUUCUAGAUUAUUUAAAGUUUUGUAACACAGGUGAAAAUAAAAUAAGAAACAUGAGGCUAAGGACCGACGGUGGAUAGCAUGACAAAGUCCGCUACAACGGCCUAAUGGCACUAGUUCGCCGCAUUCUAGGUGACGCUCAGGCGAAACUUCGCAAAAUGGUGGACGAACAAGUAUCAGUGGGCACAAGAGUGGAGGCAGAGGCAGAACCCGAGCCUGCCGACCCUCUCAUCACACCGGCAAGCUCUGCCCUGGAGAGAUCUGACUUAGAUCCCAGACCCAUACCGCCGGAACGACGUCUCCUCAUUGGCACAUUAGAUAAGCCAAGGAAUGGCUCCUUGAACGGAGAUAAACAGGGUACAUUAAACAGAACAUCGAGAAUAACCGUAAGAAAUAGCAGGGAUAAUCCUUUUAUUGAUGAUGACAAUAAAGAAAAUCAAGCAAACGGUAAACUGGAGUCACCAGUUAAAUGGCCGACUCAAAACGGCAGCGACAGUGGCACUUACGCUGAAAUAGGCAAUGGAGGUACUAGCAAUACUAGCGAGAGGAAUAUUCUUGAUCCUGGUGAUAGUUCAGAAGAAGAGGUGCCGUUACCUGAAGCAACAUCUCCCGGAAGAAGUAGUGAUGGUCCUGAACCGAGAGCUGAUAUCACCGCAAGUCUUGAUGGAGGAUCGGCAUCGCCCGGAGGCCGGUCCGACCGAUCCCGACAAGAAGAGGUACCCGCCUCUCCUGGAAUGUUAUCAGCCACACAAAUCACUCGUAGAUUGAGACAAGAAAACGAGCGCCUACAGGCGGAGCUUACUCGCGUGCGACGGUUGCUAGUAUCAGCGGCGGAGCGUGGCGAGGCUGGCAGCUCCCUGAUGGAAAGGAGUAAAGGCGAGGGAACCGACGAUGCGCCGACAUUUGACCCACAACAACUAGAGAAGGAACUGCUUCUUGCCAGAGAAGCAGUUACCUCCUUGAAAGCGGAUAAGAAGAGGUUGAAGGCCGAGAAAUUUGAUUUGCUAAACCAGAUGAAACAGCUUUACGCUACGCUCGAAGAUAAAGAAAAGGAGUUGCGAGACUUUAUCAGGAAUUAUGAACAGAUGCGAUCACGUGGCGGAGCAUCAUCUGCACUAGGAGCAGAACGUGCAGAGCGGGAGAGAGAGCGCGCGGCCCUACUUCGUCACGCUAGGGACGAGGCAGAGAGAUCUCUCCAGCUUGCGGCAGCUCUCAAUGCUAGGGAUACGCAACUGCGUCAUGCAAGGGAACAACUAUUUGAGGCUCGCAGGCAGUUACAAGCUGCUGGAUGCUUGUCUGAGGGGGAGAGUGUGGCUUCCCUCGGGCUUGGUCCACCGAUGAUGCUCGGCGGUCCCUCGGGACUGCUGGGUGAUAGAGGUAGCUGCAGCGCCGAUUCUGGUGUCAGAGAGCUUUUGUUAGUGACAGGGAGCAGUGAUGGCGGCGCGACGUCAGUCUGUGGCGGCAACUUAUCAGACUCGACGGCGGAGGGCGUCCCGCCUUCUAUUGACCCGUAUGAUACUGAUGCAACAUCGCUCGUCUCAUCUGCUCAUCAUUAUCAACUGAGCACGCCUCGAGACUGCAGCCCAACGCUAUCUCCGCAUAACAGCGCCUCACCUUUCACUCGCUCCAUUGACGCUGGCUCGCUUUCCAGGUCAGUAGAGCAGCUAUCCAGUCCAGGUGACAGUGAGUCAGCUCUAGUAGGAUUGCGCCCUCGCUCAGGCAAGACAAGCCGAGGUCGAGGCUCCGCUUGGGGGUCCAUAUCGCGUGUGUUCGCACGCAGCAGACAUCGCACUAAAUCAGGCAGCGCCGCUGUCAGUGGACACGAAAGCGAGCCAGUGUACGCCGGCACGGGCGGCAGUCGCGCAUGGUCACCACUGGGCAGCGAGGCGGCGCUGCGUGAGGCGGCAGCAUUGCCGCUAGCGCGGUGGCGGGCACCUGCCAUCAUCGCCUGGCUAGAGCUAGCGCUUGGCAUGCCGCAGUACGCUGCCACCAUCGCUGAUAAUGUCAAAAGUGGCAAGAUUCGUGCUUUGAAUGGGCAGGUUUUGCUUGAGCUGACAGACACGGAUCUGGAAGUGGGACUGGGCAUUACGCAGCCGAUGCACCGCAAGAAGCUGCGCCUGGCCAUCGAGGAGCGCCGCCGACCAGACCUUGUCAGGAACCCCACCAUUGGUCAUCUCACUCACGCUUGGGUGGCCGCAGAAUGGUUGCCGGAUUUGGGUCUAUCACAGUACGCAGAAUCUUUCCUGGCAAAUCUCGUCGAUGCCCGUAUGUUGGAUACGAUCAGUAAAAAAGAGCUGGAAAAAUAUUUAGGAGUGACCAGAAAGUUCCAUCAAGCAUCCAUCGUUCAUGGCAUUCAUCUUUUACGAAUAAUGAAAUAUGAUCGACAAGCUUUGGUUGUGAGGCGACAUCAAUGUGAGAAUGUUGAUGCCGAUCCUUUAGUUUGGACCAACCAAAGAUUUAUACGUUGGGCUCAUAAUAUUGAUUUAGGAGAAUUCGCUGAUAAUCUAAAAGAUAGCGGUGUGCAUGGCGGCUUAGUGGUUUUAGAGCCAUCCUUUACUGGAGAAACAAUGGCUACUGCAUUGGGCAUACCGCCGUCGAAGAGCAUUAUAAGAAGACAUUUGGUGGCGGAGUUUGACGCCCUGAUCAUCCCAGCAAGGAACAUGUUCGGACAUCAAAUCAGAAUGUUAGGAAGACCCUUUUCUAGGUCUGUGGCUACAGGAUUACCAGGCAUUGAUUUCACGGCAGACUCCAGAAGGCAUAGUUUAAGAGGAUCAAUAUCUCGAGCAUUGGGAGUGUUAAAGCCGAAACUAGAUCGCACCUCGCCGUCGAGUUCUAGUGAAAGCUCAAGCGUUCUAAGCCUUAGUGGACAAUCCUAUCAGAUGUCAUAUUCGCCACCUAUAGGCGUAAGGACUUUGUCACAACUAAGCAUGACUUACGCCCCGCCGCCAACGCUGCAGGAAUAUGAGCCGAUUUACACGCCGCUCAGUUUGUAUUCCCAGUCUAGCGUCUCUACUCGGGAUAGUUCACAGAGAUUGAAUGACAUCAAAGAAGGCGUUGGUAUCACACACAGAUAUGGUCAAAGAGCAGACCAUGCUCAUAGAGUAAGCUCUCCGCUGCCAGCGAAAUCAAUGGACGAUACGGCGAUCAAGCAAAAAAGACAUCGGCGGGUAAAGAGCAUUGGAGAUAUAAAUGCGAGUAGUAAAUCAUCUGUUUAGAUAAUUCCUGUCAAUUAUACACUACAUAAUCAAGAAUAUUUAACAUAUUUUCAUUUACCUUAAGCCUCAUAUUUAUAGCAAUAUUCUGAUUCACAAACUUGCAUAUCACAUAUUACGGAGCGCAUCUUCGUAAACAGAUAGACUGAGUUGAACAUAUUUAUGUAACCAGUAUUUACUCGAAUUAUGAUACUCAUUUUAAUACGUCAUGAAAUAACAAACCCAUUUUGAAAGCAUACUAUUAACAAAUGAAAAAGUUUUUAUUCAACUUACAUGUUACGUCAAGAAAAAAG